AUGAACUUUGCACUGGGCUACAAACCUGGGCAACUCGGGGAGUCUAGCACAAUGGAUAACUUGGAGAAGCAGCUCAUCUGCCCCAUCUGCCUGGAGAUGUUCACCAAGCCUGUGGUCAUACUGCCCUGCCAGCACAACCUCUGCAGGAAGUGUGCCAAUGACGUCUUCCAGGCUGCCAACCCUCUGUGGCAGUCUCGGGGGUCCAAGUCCAUGUCCACAGGGGGUCGUUUCCGCUGCCCAUCAUGUCGUCACGAGGCAGUGUUGGACCGCCAUGGUGUGUAUGGCCUACAGAGGAACCUGCUAGUAGAGAACAUCAUAGACAUCUACAAGCAAGAAGAGUCCAGCAGGCCCCUAAACCCCACCAAGGUGGAGCAGCAGCAGCUGAUGUGUGAGGAGCAUGACGAGGAGAAGAUCAACAUCUACUGCCUGAGCUGUGAGACGCCCACCUGCUCCAUGUGUAAAGUGUUUGGCCAGCACAAGGACUGUGAGGUGGCCCCCCUGCAGAACGUCUAUAAGAGACAGAAGACGGAGCUGAGUGACGGCAUCGCCAUCUUGGUGGCUGGGAACGACCGUAUCCAGGCCCUCCUCUCUCAGAUGGAGGAGACCUGCAGGUCCAUCCAGGAGAACGGCCGUCGUCAGAAGCAGAGUCUGUGUGAUAAGUUUGACGGGCUGUAUGCCAUCCUGGAGGAGAGGAAGAAGGAGUUGGUGGGGAUGAUCAGCCGCCAGCAGGAUGACAAGCUGGACUACAUCCGCUCCCUCAUGCGUCGCCACGGAGACUACCUGGAGGGCGCCGUCAAGCUGGUGGAGACAGCCAUCCAGUCCAUGGAGGAACCACAGAUGGCCGUGUUCCUACAGAGCAUCAAGGAUAUAUUUAAACAGAUCAGCACCACUGCCAAGGUGUCCAGUAUGGAAUGUCCAGAGCCGGGCUAUGAGAGCAUGGCCCAUUUUGUCAUCAACACAGAGAAUGUGGCAGACAUGCUGAAGACCAUUGACUUCAACACAAUUAGGGCCUCAGGUUUCCAGGAAAAGGAUGGGGAGGAUGGUUAUGAUCUGGGUGAGGACUUGGCAUCGCUGGCAACGGGGGACGUAGACUAUGGGCGAUACUAGUUGAAAAGGGUCAAAGAAAGAAAAAGCAUGCUAUGCUGCUCCCGUGCUUUAUUCCCUUACACACAUUUACAACGUUUAGGCUUCAAACACAAAGGCUGUUAAAUAUAGUUAUACUGUAUAUCGUUCCUUCUGACAUCAGUCUUAAACAUAGCCAUAAAGGCUGAAAUCAAGUGUUUAAUCUCUAGAAUAUGGAUGGAUCACUUGUCUUGUUUACCCCACAGCCAACUCAUUUCAAAUGGAGAGACCAGGAAUUCUUUCUCCUCUCUGAUAAAUUAAUUCCAUAUUUCCCUUGCUACCUCCAAAAGUAUAACGAUCCUAGGGCCAGGGGACCCUUUGGCCUCACAGCGUCACUGUAACAUGCCAGAGAUGAAUGAACUAGAAGUACACAUUUUAUGAAUGGCUAUGGACAGAUACUCUAGGGAGAGAUGGAGGAGUGGUUGUUGACUGGCCUGUUAUUUAUACAUGAUUAAAGUUUUAACCAUAAAC